AUGUUGUGGAGUGGGCUUGUGGUGCUGGCGCUCCUCGAUUCAUCCCUCGCCGUUCCUCUGCGGGGUGACGGAGGCAGGAGUCACAACAAGCUGCUCCUCGUCUCAUUCGAUGGCUUCCGAUGGGACUACGACCAAGACGUGGACACGCCGAACCUUGACGCGAUGGCAAAGGAAGGCGUUAAGGCUAAAUACGUCACCCCACCGUUCAUCACCAUUACCAGCCCGUCUCACUUCACUCUGCUGACAGGGAAGUUUAUUGAGAAUCACGGAGUCAUCCACAACAUGUGGUUCAAUACAACCACAGGGGAGAAGAAACCUUAUUAUGCAUCGCAGUUUGUCAAUGAUUGGUGGGACAACGGUAGCCUGCCCAUCUGGAUAACAGCACAAAGACAGGGACUAAAGACUGGAUCAUUUCACUUCCCGGGCACAGCCGCCACAUACCAAGGAGAAACAACAUACGUGAAGGUGGUGGAACCUCGAUUUUAUGACUAUUCAAAUGAGGAAGACUGGCACCUGAACAUUAAUAAGGUGAUGGAGUGGUUUGUCCAUCGUGACCUGGACUUCGUGUCGCUGUAUUUUGGAGAGCCAGACAGCACCGGACACAAAUUUGGUCCCAACUCAGAGGAGAGGAAAGUGAUGGUGCGACAGGUGGACCGGACAGUGGGCUAUCUCCGAGACAAGGUCAAGCAGCAUGGCCUCGACAACCAUCUCAACAUCAUCCUUACGGCUGACCAUGGCAUGAACCAAGUACAGAAGAAGCCCCCAAAUAAAAUUAUCGUCCUGUCUCGGAUUGCCAAUUUCUCUUUACAAGACCUCCAGUUCUCGCUUUUUGACUACGGGCCAGUCAGUCUCCUCUUGCCAAAAGAAGGCCGUCUAGAAAAAGUCUAUAAUAUACUGAAGAAUGGCCACCCUAACCUUCAUGUGUACAAAAAGGAGGAGAUCCCCAGCAGGCUGCGAUAUUCCCAAAACCCUCGGAUCCUCCCUCUCUUGUUAUUUGCAGAUCCGGGAUACGUGAUUCACGGGAUUAUGCCUGUGCAGUUUAAUAAUGGAGAGCAUGGUUUUGACAAUGACGCCAUGGACAUGAAAACCUUUUUUAGAGCCGUUGGUCCCGACUUCAAGGCGAACCUCGAGGUGGAUCCGUUCCACACAGUGAACGUCUACGCCCUGAUGUGUAAUUUGCUGGGGAUUAAGCCAGAGGCCAAUGAUGGAUCUCUCGAAGUCACCCAGCAUAUGCUAAGAGAAAAGGAGCCUGAAAAAAUCUCCACAGAAAAAAUGGUUAGCAUUGCUUUGUUGGCAGUGGCCUGCGUUUUGCUGGUUGUUGCAGUGGCGCUCAUAAUUAAAACAGUCGUGCACAGGAGAAAGCAAUCGGAGAGAAUGAGUGACAAACUGAGCCUGGACAAAAUCCAACACGAAUUGAACCCUGUGAUAGAGAAUAUGUAUCUGCAAGACAGCAAAUCCACUAAGAUGCCCGAAUUUCAACUUACCAGCAAUCAACAAAACCCAGAAAAAAAUGCAUCUGCAAAAGAAGGACAUUUUACAGGAUUUUAAGAACAAGUUUAUAAAGUGAUUUUCUUUUUUUCCAGUUUUAAUUGUA